AUGAACCAUGAUCCUCAGACUCCGGCGAUAGUAUCGUUGGUCGCGGGAGGAUUCGCCGGGGCUGUAGAGGCUGCUGCGACGUACCCAUUCGAAUUUGCAAAAACGCGAGUCCAGCUCCGCGAGCAAAAAGGCGUGCCGACGCCAAAGAACCCUUUCAAAGUUGUCUUCGGAGUGUAUACCACAGAAGGCAUCGCUGCUCUAUACAAAGGCUGUCUCCCCCUCGUAAUCGGCUCCGUCGGAAAAGACGGCAUCCGCUUCCUCUCCUUCGACACGAUCAAGAAUACAUUCAAAGAUCCCGAGACGGGGACCUUGUCUCCGCUCCGCAGUAUGCUCGCGGGAAUGGCCUCUGGCGUGGUGGCCUCUCUCACAGCCGUCACUCCGACGGAGCGCAUCAAGACCGCGCUGAUCGAUGAUGCUCGCAAUGAACGCCGAUUCACCUCUGCGACCCAUUGCGUCAAGACGAUACUGCGAGAUCAUGGUAUCCUGGGGCUAUACCGCGGACUGGCAGGGACGACGCUCAAACAAGCUGGCGCCACGGCAUUCCGGAUGGGGACAUAUAACAUUUUGAAGGAUUUCGAAAAGACGCGGGAUAUCCCUCAAACGACAUUGACGAAUUUCGCAAACGGGUCCGUAGCGGGGAUAGUGACCACCCUUGCGACGCAACCUUUCGACACGAUCAAGACGCGGUGUCAGAGUAGUAAAGGCGCCAGCACGGUGGAGGCAUGGAAGAGUAUCAUUGCGGAUUACGGAGUCAAAGGGUUUUGGAAGGGAACGACGAUGAGGUUGGGACGGACGGUGUUUAGUGGAGGGAUCCUAUUCACGACGUAUGAGUGGGCGGCGGCGAUUUUGAGCCCAUUGAUUGUCGGGAAGGAUGUACGAUAG